CCCAAGUAAAAGCUGAGCACGGCAACUUCACCUGUAACCCCAGCAGUGGCAGAGGUGUGCAGGGACAGGUGGAUACCUGGGGCCUGUUGGCCACCCAGUUUAUCUGAAAUACUGAAAUAACGGGCUCCGUGUUCAGUGAGAGACCCUGUCUCAAAAAAAUGAGAUGGAGAGCAACCGAAGACACCCGGCCAAAGUGUUGAGGUGACCACAGCAACCCUAGCGAGGGCUGGCCAGGAGCCAUCCAUCACAGGUCAUCACUGGGAGCGGGAGAGUGGACUUCGACCAAAGAGGGGUCGCUAGGAUACGAGGCCAGACGCAGAGGGGGCCCCUGGGAUCAGCCUGGAGGCCCAGAGAGCCCAGCAGCAGGCCAGCAGAGAGCAGCCAGGUGGAGCGGAACCAGCCUGUGGGGGCGCACUCCGAGGCCAGCAUGCCCAGGACCAGACAGGGCAGCCGUCGAGGGUCGUCGUCGUCGUCCUCCUCGUCGUCUCGCCGCUCCCGCACCUCCAGAGCCGAGCUGACCUUCUCUGUGAGCCUGGUGGAACACCAUCUUCGGGAGAGCGGCCAUGCCCGGCGGCUGAGCGAAACGGUGCCCAUCUUGCUGACUGCCAUCCUGGAGUUCCUGACCCGCAGGCUGCUGGAGCUGGCAGGCAAUGAGGCCCAACGCCGAGGCGCACAGAGGCUCAUCACUCCGGAGCUGCUGGACGUGACUGUCUACAACAACACGCUGCUCAGCGAACUGUUCCAAUUCGUCACCAUCUCCCAGGUGGCCCCGGCUGGUCGCCCUCCUCGUGGGCAUGGCCGUCAACGCUAGCUCCUACCUGCUGCUCGUGCUGCCGCUGGCUGGCUCUGGGUUGCUGACCCGCCCAUCCGCCCCAUCUAUCCGUCGGGCAUCAGUUCAUCCCACCCAAACGUUCCCACAGACAGCCCUGCGCGGCUGCUCAGCCUCGUCCCUUCCUUCUCUCCCUGUUGUGCUCUUAUUAAAAAGCUUGAGUUCGAGAACCCCAUAGGUUUGCUUCCCUGGC